AUUCAUGUAUGCCUACCUACCCUACUAGUUCAGUGGAAUCAAUCUGUUGACUUAAAGCCGCUACAACAAAUACUAAAUUGAGGUUUGUGUAUUCUAUUCUAGCAUCUUGAAAGCUUAAUGCAAUCGGAGGUUUAGAAUUUCACGAAUUGCAGUAUGUAUUCUAGGUUUUACAAUCCUGUAAAACUCAAGAAUUGUACGAGGCAAUUGGGGUACUUUUGGAAUAUUCAGAAACGAAAUAUGUGUGAGGAUGGCAAGGCUAACACCCGUGUUCUUUUUUGCGGGCCCCACUUUCCUGCUUCACAUAACUACACCAAAGAAUAUUUGCACAACUAUCCGUUAAUCCAGGUUGAUGAUCUUCCGUUUGAUAGUAUACCCGAUCUUAUUGGCAACUAUGAUAUCUGUGUGGUAAAAAGCAUGCGGCUUAGUUCAGAUCUCAUUGCUCGUGCAACUCGAAUGAAGCUCAUAAUGCAGUAUGGUGUCGGGUUAGAAGGUGUUGAUAUAACUGCUGCUACAAACCAUGGAAUAAAAGUUGCUAGAAUUCCCGGUAAGGUAACAGGAAAUGCUGCUUCAUGUGCGGAAAUGGCCAUCUAUAUCAUGCUGGGUCUUCUCCGCAAACAAAAUGAAAUGCAAUGUUCUGUAAGGCUAAAGAAACUUGGAGACCCGGUUGGCGAUACAUUGUUUGGAAAAACAGUUUUCAUUCUGGGGUAUGGAAAUAUUGGCAUUGAACUGGCAAAACGUCUUCGUCCAUUUGGAGUCAAGAUUCUUGCAACAAAACGAAACUGGGCAUCAAAUGAUCCAAGUAGGUUCGAAGCAACACUUGAAAAUGGUACACAUGAUGAUUCGGUUGAUGAGAAAGGUAGUCAUGAAGAUAUAUAUGAGUUUGCAAAGAAAUCUGACAUUGUUGUCUGCUGCUUGAUAAUGAAUAGUCAAACAGUUGGUACUGUAAACGAGAAUUUCAUUUCUUCAAUGAGAAAGGGUGGCCUGCUGGUGAAUAUAGCGCGUGGGGGUCUGUUGGAUUAUAAAGCGGUUUAUGAGGGCCUUGAAUCGGGUCAUUUGGGGGGCGUAGGAAUGGAUGUUGCAUGGACGGAGCCUUUUGAUCCAAAUGAUCCAAUCUUGAAAUUCCCAAACGUCCUUCUUACACCUCAUGUUGCAGGAGUUACAGAAUCUUCAUAUCGAUCCAUGGCCAAGGUAGUUGGUGACGUUGCGCUUCAACUUCACUCGGGAAAACCUUUAACUGGGAUAGAAUAUGCCAACUAAUGAUUCCAUGUCAAACAAAACAACACAUUACAGUUACCUGUCCAAGAGUUUGCUUAUGCGAGUUGUCACAUGAUUUCUCGAUCGCAUGCAUUCGUCAGGAGAUCAAGGCGAUGCGAUUCCCAUUGGGUAAAAAGUAGAGCACCUUUACCUCUCUUGAAAUGUCAAAAUGAUGUGUUGACUUGGUUAUUUUUCCUGAACUCUUUGUAUGUUCUGUAUUUUCUAGCUUCUUUGCUAGAUGAUUGAAUAAAAUCAACUUCACUGCGGUUAUAAAAAUAGUAAUUGGUCUUUUC